UGAAUUUACUGCUGCCAUUUUCGUUUUGUGAUACGGUGCGGUUGUGGACGUCUGAAAGUGAAUGUAUCCAAAAAAAUUUAUUAAUAUCAGUAAUUUUAGUACAUUAGUGUCGAUACAAAUAAAACUCAGUUGAUUUGCCGGUGAAAGUCAUAUAUGACUUCUCUGUGCGACAUUUUACUCCAGUAAUUGUUGACUUCCUUGGGUGGAACAGGUAUGCUGCGGUAGCGCGGCGGGACGGCGGGUAGCAGCUGCGAUGCCGCUGCCGAAGCGCUGCGUGGAGCCGGUGCACGUGUCCCGGGGGACCGUGCCUGAGCGCCUCGCCGUGCCGUCCGAGCUCGAGGCGGUCACUAAUGGCACGCUCGCCAAUACCGUCAGACAACUCUCAUCCCUGUCCAAGCAUGCGGAGGACAUGUUCGGCGAGCUGACGCGCGAGGCGACGGGGCUGGCGGAGCGCACCAACGUGCUGCAGGCGCGCAUCGACAGGCUCGCCAUCAAGGUCACGCAGCUUGACUCCGGCGUCGAGGAGGUGUCCCUGCAAGACAUCCAGAUGCGGAAGGCCUUCCGUUCGGCGCGGUCGUUCCAACAGCAGCUGUUCUCGCGUACUACGAUGCCGUCGGCGAUGCUGGCGACGUACGCCCGCUGCGACCGCCCCCCGCCGCUCGAGCGACUCAACGAGUUCCGUGACGAUGGCAGAGACGCGAGAAAGUUCUAUACCGACCCGGACUACUUCUUCGAGCUGUGGCGCCGCGAGAUGCUGCAGGACACGGAGAGGAUCCAGCACGAUAGGGGGAAGAAGGUCCGUCAACCGCGCACGAACGCGGACGGUCGCACCGCGCGGCGCGUCCGCGUGCCGCACUCCACGCGCGACCGCCAGAAGGCGGAGGCGGUGACGCGCGGCGAACACAUCAUGGCGCCGGCUCAGCUGCGCCGAUACAACGUGGAGCCGUACCGCCCCGCGCCCGAGCCUUACCAGCAGACUACUGUGACGGAUGGUGGAUACCGCGCGCCGCUAAGCCGCACGCCGUCGCAGGCGGCCCGCCCCAACUCCAUAGAGAUCGACCAUCAGCCGCGACCACCAAGACUGACGGGCAACGGCCACGUGAUGGGCGAGGAGUCUCCGUACGGCGCGGUGGAGCCGAUAUACGGCGGCAGCAUCACGAGCGCCGGCACGCCGCGCCGCGCCCGCCCCAACAUGCCGCCGCCCGCGCCGCCGCAGCUCAGCGCCGACGAUACGCCACAUCACACGCCAACAAGGUCGACGCUGCCGCCCCCGCCGCCGCCGCCGGACGCGCCGACGCUCAACGGUUCGCCGCCGCACCGCUCCGCGCUCGACGCUCACUUGGACCACAUGCACGCGGUUAUUGGUAUGAUGUCAUCGGAGGAGCCCCCGCGCGCGCCCACCCCGCCACCCGCGCCGCCCGCGCCGCCGCCGCCCGACGACCGGCCGCGCCCGCCGUCGCCAGCGUCCCUGCUGCGCGGCGCCUCCGCCCUCAAGCCUCCGCGCCCGGCGGAGGACCCCGCACCAGACCCCCGCUCGGACCUGCUCAAGGCUAUCAGAGAAGGUAUCAAGUUGCGGAAAGUGGAGAAAAGGUGCGAGGACAACGUCGGCAAGUACGACACACUACGCGGCGCGCCGGCGCUCCACGACGUCGCGUCGAUCCUCGCCCGUCGCGUCGCCGUCGAGCAGAGCGACACCGACUCCGACAACGACUCCGACGACGACGACGAUUCCGACCAGUGGACCGACAGUAGGGCGUGA